UGCGUCAUUUCCGGUGAAAACAGAUGCGGCGGCCGUUGCUCUAGUAGCCGCCAGGAGAUCGAAAGUGAGUCUGCGGGAGCGAGCGUGCGUGGACGAGGUGACGGCUCAUGUUUGUGCGCAUGGAACCGGAAGCCCGCCGGGAAGCUGGUUUGUUCCAACGGCUGCCAGAAGCUGCGUGACGCCGCGCUCCCUCGCUUCGAAGGCUCGCACCCGACUGGAAGCCGAGUCGUCGCGGCGGCGGUUGGGACCUCAGUUCGUACAGGCUUGCAGAUGGGUCAAGGGUUGUGGAGAGUGGCAAGGAACCAGCAGUUACAACAACAGGAAUACGGAGGACAAAGCUGUCUUUCCAGGGAGAAUGGUAGAAGGAUGACUGUUAAUAAUGUUUCAAAUAAUAAUCACCGGAAACAUGCCCAAGGAGGAAUUGACAUUUACCACCUGUUGAAAACUCGCAAGUCAAAAGAACAAGAAGGAUUCAUCAACCUAGAAAUGUUACCUCCUGAACUUAGUUUUACCAUUUUGUCAUACCUGAAUGCAACGGACCUCUGUCUGGCUUCAUGCGUAUGGCAGGAUCUUGCUAAUGAUGAGCUGCUGUGGCAGGGACUGUGUAAAUCCACUUGGGGUCACUGUUCCAUAUACAAUAAGAAUCCACCUCUUGGAUUUUCUUUUAGAAAACUGUAUAUGCAACUAGAUGAAGGCAGCCUCACUUUUAAUGCCAAUCCUGAAGAGGGAGUUAACUACUUUAUGUCCAAGGGAAUAUUGGAUGAUUCACCAAAGGAAAUAGCUAAAUUUAUCUUCUGUACAAGAACUUUAAAUUGGAAGAAACUGAGAAUAUAUCUUGAUGAAAGGCGAGAUGUUUUAGAUGAUCUUGUAACACUACACAACUUCAGAAAUCAGUUCUUGCCAAAUGCACUGAGAGAAUUUUUCAAACACAUUCAUGCCCCUGAGGAACGUGGUGAAUAUCUUGAAACUCUCAUUACAAAGUUUUCACACCGAUUUUGUGCUUGUAACCCUGACCUGAUGAGAGAGCUUGGCCUUAGCCCAGAUGCUGUUUAUGUAUUAUGUUACUCUUUGAUCCUGCUUUCCAUUGAUCUUACUAGCCCUCAUGUGAAGAAUAAAAUGUCAAAGAGAGAAUUUAUCCGAAACACGCGUCGUGCUGCUCAGAACAUUAGUGAAGAUUUUGUUGGGCACCUAUAUGACAAUAUCUACCUUAUAGGCCACGUGGCUGCCUAAAAAGCCCAGUUUGUUAAGACUUACCAUCUGUUGUUAGAAGAAGUCAGCAAAUGAAGGAAUUUUAUCUGUUGUAGAUACUGUAUGGGGUUAAAUUAGUGCUGGUUAUUCUAACCUCUUUCUGCAAUCAAGCAACUUUUUUAGCAAUUUACUAUGGAAGCUGAAGAAUUUUUUGCAAUUUUUUUUAAACUUUGCUUACAGUUUGCACAGAACUUUGCAAUUAGUCUGACAUAUUACCAUUUCUGAAUGUUAAACUGACAUUAUAGUUUUAAACUGACAAGUUGGUGGACUUGUGCAGUUGAUUUGCUUGAACACUUUAACCAGUUCAUUUUUUUAAAAAAAAAAUGUGAUAUGUACAUACUGUAUUUGACUAAAGAGAUUUAUAACCAUAAUUAUUUUAUUGUAAAAUAUUUUAAAUAAAGUUUUUUCCCUUUUUUUUUCUUCCUACUAGAAGAUAUAUUGGAUAAUUUAUUUCUUCACAUAGUGAGACUGUGCAUGUUCUUUAAAAGUUUACUUCACAGAUGCAUAACCAGUUAUAAACUAUAUAAUAUUCUAUGGGUUUGGACGCCUAUGGUUCUUUGAUAUUGUUGAACUAUGAUUCCCACAGUCUUCACCAUUGGUCGAGUGGGGCUGUCAGGCAUUAUAGUACAGCAGCAGUUAGAGAGUUACAGGUUCCCCACCCCGAUUCAUAACCACCAAACUGGAAGACAGGGUAUCAGUCUAUCCUUGUGCCUCAAUAUCUAGUGCCUAAAAAUAUUUAAAAAUCAAGGUUGGAUGCUUUUAUUAUUGUUGCUGUCUAGGUAUGCUUUCUAACAAUCAAGGUUUUGCAAGAAGAUUUAUUUACUUGCAUUAGUCAUACUCAUUUUGUCAUAUCUAGAUCAGAAAACAUUCUUUGUGAAUUAGAUUAAGAGACUGGGAUCCAAAGGAUCUAUCUGCACAACCUCUUCCCACCUCUUUCAGCCCUUUCUUCCUGCUCCCAUGAUAUCCCCAAUGUGCACUGUAGGUAUAGUUUUCCUUCCCCCCCCCCCCCUAGAAUUUUCUCCUGCCAAUCCUGUAAUUUUUUGUCUAAUAGGCAGUGAAACUUGGCUAUGCUCUAAUUCAGCACUUGCAAUACAAGAAGUGACCUGAGCAGACAUGGCCAAAGCUGAGCCUUUUGAAUGAAUAGUGGGAGAAAUGUAGCACUGAACCCAACAUUGUUCUCACUAUCAGGUAUAUUUGGGUCUGUUUCUAUAUACCCACAGGAGUGGUAAUUUAUAAGACCAUGGAAUGCCUUCUGAUAUUUUUUUCUAUAUAAAUGAAAUAAAUAUUGUCCUUGUUUAAAUUUGCUGAAUUGGUAUAUGAUUGGAUUAAGGCACCUUUUAUUUGAGGGAGGGAGUAUCAUUUAAAAGCUGGUAGGAGUAAAGUAAUUGUGGACUGUAGAAUUUCUGCAUUGGCUUCAACUACCUGUCAAAAAAAUCUUGCAAUCCAGAUGCAAAAAGAUAUAUAAUAUAGCCAUUGUCCAAAGUCAAACAAAGUAAAGCUAGUGAUAGAAUCCGGUGUUGGGCACCAGGAUUUUUCUGUCUCUUCUGCACCUCCUCUCAUAAUAUCAGGGGACCAAGUAAAAUUUUGUAUAACCGUGAAUCAAAGUUGAAGUGCACAAUUGGAUUCCAGCCAUAGUUCCUAAGUCCAAAUCUACUAUAUAUAUUUUUCCAAGCAAGUUGGAUUUAAUUAUCAAUAACAGUUUUGAAGGAGGUUGACUAGGACAUUUUCCAAAGUUUAAGAAAUACUUAAGAAAAUCUGAUAACUGUAAUAUUUUGACUUGAAAGUGGUUAAGAACUUGUGCUCUAAAUGAUGGAUUUGAAAUGCUAUGUAAUAAUAACAAUGUUAACAGUGCUUGAUAAUGUUACUUAAUUAUCACAAUUAUUUUUCCAAUUACUAGAAUGUCUAUAUUUUGUUUCCCAUUUUGAAUUCUGUUUAUUUGUUGACUGUUAACUUGACAAAUCUGAAAUUGGUAUUACUCUUCAGCUGACAUAAUUAUACUUUAAAAAAAAUCAAAAUUGCACUGCAAAUAUUGGUUGGGGGAUUGGGGGUUUCUUUGGUUAACUUUCUUGUGAAAUGCAAAUGAAGGUUAAAAUGCAGAUUAGUGAAUUAUAAUCCCCCAUUUCUUAUAUAUUAUUGUUACUUUAAAUAAAUAUUUCACUCAAUAAAA